UCAUGAUGCACAUUGCAAUUCUUUGUUUUCUUGUUUUAUCGUGCAGAUAUGAAGUCCACAGUUUACUGUCAACUCAUGGAAAUGAUGUAGAACAACUGAAACAGCUUGUGCAACAGAUGAAUAUCAGUCUCCAACAUGUGCUUGCAGAAAACCAGAAACUAAAUGUGCAACAGUUGCAGAUGAAUGUUAGUCUCCAACAUGUGCUUGCAGAAAACCAGAAACUGAAUGCAGAAAUUAAUGGACUGAAGAAUCUAACCUCUCAAGUAGCGGCGUCUAGUACAGGCCUUCAUCCUGUUGUAUUUACGGCCAUACUUUCGCAAAAUGUGGAAUUGGGUGCAGGACAAACGGUUGUAUUCAACAAAACCCUCCUUAAUGUUGGCAAUGCUUAUCAUGAAACCUACGGACAUUUCAGGGCCCCAGUUUCCGGAUUGUACCAGUUUUCCGUGUCGUUACUGAAUAAUAAAAAAGAAACAAAGUUCGAGAUUGUGAGAAAUGGAAACCAAAAUUUGGCAAAACUAUAUACUCAAGCUGGUACAUAUUCAGCAUCUGCUAAGACAAUAGCCGUUCGAUUAGAAUUAGAUGAUGUUUUGUUUGUUCGAACUAUUACAGCGGGAAAUUUGGAUGGAUCAGCUUACUACUGUGUGUUUAGUGGAUUUCUUAUUCAUAAACAAUAAAAAAUAUUGUGCAAUUUAUUGAUUAUAGUUUCACAUUUUAUUUUAUAUUUAAGACUAA